AAGUGUGUGAAGUCAUGUGCAAACAAGCGUAGAAAGGUUAAAUUGUACAAUGUUCACGCAUGCAGUGCAUUUCCUCUCACUCUACACCGAUUGCAACAUCUGAGUGAUUUUAUAACGAUAUAGGGAACAAUGUCGCUGAUCAUGAAUGACAAGGAUCUACACGAGCGCCUCAUACGGACCAUGAAGAAGGAGGUAAAACAAAUCAUGGAGGAGGCCGUGACACGCAAGUUCGUGCACGAAGAAAGCUGCUCCAUCACCAGCCUGUGUGCGGCAGUAGAAGCUUGUCUGUCUGACGGCCUCAAGCGGCGUUCCCUGGGACUCUUCAAGACCUCCUCCACGACGGCGUUGAUCCACAAGGUCGGUAAGACCUUCCCACCCGCCGGCGUCGUGUCCAAGAUUGUCCAAGACAUGGAGGCCUCAGACCCCAACAGGCGCAGUGGCAGUAGUGGGGACAGCAGCACCCGUCUCCCCAAGCCUCCCCUCACCAAGAAGAACUCAGGGAGCGUGGCUUCGGCCCUGCCUCCGCCCCCACCACGGUACCUCUGGAUCAGGGUUGCCCUCUUCCAGAAGACCUUGUCCAUCAUCAUCGACCAUCUCGUCGAGAACAGCAGCAAAUACUACGAGAAGGACGCUCUGGCGGCAGACCCUGAGUACGGCACCAUCCUGAGCUCGCUGCUGGUGGGGCCAUGUGCGCUGGACUACUCACGCAUGAAGACCGUAGACCACCUGUGGACAGACCCUCCUGCAGACGAGCUGCUGCAGCGACAGCUCAUCACCUCAGCCCACCACAUGUCGGGCCCACCCACCCCACCGCCACCCCGCCGCCCAGGCUUGCAUUACCGGCGCCCCAACGGCGGAGGCUCGAGCCUGAGCGAAGACAGCAGCGGCAGCGGCGGCAGCUUUGGCCAGAGCUUCUCCUGCUCAGCGCCCAGCGGCGGCGCCCUCAACGGCUCCACGGGCGCCGCCCUCGCCACGGCGCCCGCCGGUGGCGUCCAGAGCAACGGCAGCAUCGGCGACCGACGCCAGCUGUACUCCAACGCCCGCGACUACGUCGAUUCGUUGCAUCAGAACCACAAGGCGACGUUGCUGUACGGCAAGAACAACGUGCUCGUCCAGCCUAAGGACCACGUGGAGGCGAUGCCAGGUUACCUGUCGCUGCACCUGACGCCCCCCGACGCGCUCGUCAUCAAGUGGACGCCCAACCACCUCAUGAACGGCCAGCCCUCGACCGAGGCCAUCAACGGCCAGCUGCAGGACAAGAGCGCUUACUGGGAGUUCGCCCUCAACGUGCCCGUAGAAGAGAUCGUCUACGUACACUGCCAUCAGCAAGGGGACAGCGGAGGAGCGAUCGUGCUGGUGGGGCAGGACGGCACUCAGUAUCCCCACAUCCACUUCCCCAAGGGCGGACAUUUGCUGGCAUUCCUGUCCUGCCUGGAGACCGGCCUGGCACCCAUGGGGCACCUCGACCCGCCGCUCUGGUCGCAACGGGGCAAAGGCAAGGUGUUCCCCAAGCUGCGCCGCCGCGCGCGCGCCUUCGUCAACAUGAACAACAGGAAGAAUCAACAGCAACAACAACAACAGAAAUGUGACGAGGGUGGCAUUGAGCUCGCCGUCCACGGAGGUGACGUGAGCGACGAUGACGAGACGACCGACUAUGUUUUCCGCAUCAUCACGUCAGACGCCAGCGACCGCAUGAGUCACUCAGAGAUCAUGUCGACGCUGCUGCGUACUCCGUCUACUGCGGGUAGUUGGUUUCCGCGCAUCCCUAGACUGUCCUCCAACUCGUCCUCAACGUCCUCAUCCAAGUCCUUAAGCCUGGGGGAGUCCCUCUCCGAGCUGUUCCCUCCCCUCACCCCAACCCCACAGUCUGCCCCAUGCCUCGACUCCGCGCAGCAGCUCAGCCUGAGGGAGGCGCAGCAGAAGCUCUUGUCUGACUCACAAAAAAUAUCCCAGCAACAACAACUUCAUCAACAACAGCAGAAGAAGCAGCAACAGGAACGGCACAGCACAUCCGACGCUGAAGGAGGGACAGACGCGGCUACUGCUGAAGGCGUAGUGAAGCAAGAGGCUAACAGCGACCAGCUGCAGCUGGUGUGCGUGACGAUGAAGCAGCAGAUCAUCUCACGCGCCUUCUACGGCUGGCUGGCCCACUGCCGGCACCUGCACACCGUCCGCACCCACCUAGCGGGGCUCGUCCUGCCCCUCUCUGCCGCUCCAACCCUCGCUCAUAGCUGGCGGGAAGGCCUGACGGAGGCAGUGUGGCAGGACCUCAGCAAGGGCGGCACCGUCGUGAGGGAGCCUGAGGUCUGGGGGAGGGUUUACCUCGGCGGAGUGCCGCACGCCAUCCGCAAACAGGUCUGGCCCUACCUGCUCGGCCACUACCACUUCGGAAGCACGGAAGAGAAGCGCGCUGCGCUCGAUGUCAAGACGCGCGCGAACUUCGAGGCGACCAUGUCAGAGUGGCUGGCGGUGGAGGCGAUCAUCAGGCAGCGUAACAGGGAGGCCAUGGCCCAGAACAUGGCGCGUCUUGUGUCCGAGGGCCACGCCAGCGCCACCGACACCCCCCGCGGCCCUGAGGCGCCGGGUCCCUACAAGACCGCCGUCAGCAGAGCGCGCACCCUCAGCAACGAGGUUUUCGAGCCCGACACGUCGAGCUUCGAGUCGGGUGAUUCUGACACCGCGCGCGCUCACAGCAAGGAAGGAGGCGCAGAAGUAGGAACAGACUCCCGCAGUUCGUCCAGCCGCAGGACAAGCUUGGGCAAGCCUCUUAAAGACUCCUCCUCAACCGGCACCCCCCAAGGGACUCAGCAGUGGAAUGGAGGCGUCCCCAGCGGGGAGGUCGCCAGCAGACUGCUGGCAGUGAGGAACAGCGGCGCUGGGGGGAGCGAGGACCGAUCGUCCUCCGUGUGCAGCAAGAAGACCAGCAGCAAGGAGUCGUCCGUCGACGAGAUGUUCAGUCCGGCGUGUGUGAUCACUCCUGACGGCACCACGGAGGACGUGCGUGAGGCAUGCUCCGUGACCACGCACGACGACUCGCAGAGCUUUGUGAGUGCUGUUUCGGAUGAAAUAGUGACAGACGACGCGUCGCCUGGCUUCUGUGAUGACGACUUGGGCGACGACGCGACGAUUGCUGAUGUCAGCAGGGAGGACUGCAAAGACCAGCUCGCGGUCGAGGACGUCGUCAGCCUCGAGUCGAGGUCUUCCUGCAUCUCUCCUUCGUCGUCCCACGGCGGUGGCGUAUACUCGACGGAGCUGCUGGAGGAGUUCGGCCUGAACCUUCACCGCAUCGACAACGACGUCCAGCGCUGUGACCGCAACUACUGCUACUUCACGCCCCACAACCUCGAGAAGCUCAGGAACGUCAUGUGCACGUACGUGUGGGAGCACCUAAGCACGGGAUACCUGCAGGGGAUGUGUGACCUGGUGGCGCCCCUGCUGGUGGUGUUCGACGACGAGGCUCUCACCUACUCCUGCUUCCGGCAACUCAUGGUCCGCAUGACCGCAAACUUCCCUCAUGGCGGACAGAUGGACCAGCACUUUGCCAACAUGAGGUCCCUCAUUCAGAUCUUGGACUCGGAGAUGUUCGAGCUGAUGCAGUCCAAGGGGGAUUACUCGCACUUCUACUUCUGUUAUCGCUGGUUCCUGCUCGACUUCAAGCGCGAACUGGUGUACGACGAUGUGUUUGUUGCGUGGGAAACGAUAUGGGCGGCCCGGCAUGUCUCAUCGUCGCACUUCUUCCUCUUCAUCGCCCUCGCCCUCGUCGAGCACUACCGGGACAUCAUCCUCGACAACAACAUGGACUUCACUGAUAUCAUCAAAUUCUUCAAUGAAAUGGCUGAGCGUCACGACGCGAAGGUGAUCCUACGGACUGCGAGGAGUCUGGUGACGCAGCUGCAGACGCUCAUAGAGAACAAAUAAAGACGAGCGACCAUGCGUCUUUUGGUCACAACUCCUGCACAUCACCUCAGUGAUGUUUAUCACAAGAUACGAGUAUUAUCGCUUGUCUAUCUUACCCGCACCUCAUGGGCUGCCCACGUAUCUGGAUUGCAGAAGCGGACUACUAAAACAACUAAGUCAGAUGUUCUCUGGUGAAGACAUUUCAACUGAUAUCGCAAAAAUAUAUUCUGGUGAAUUUCGGCUAAAUACUUAUGAUAUACCUGGCAAAAGUUCAACUUAUUUUAUGCCGAAUUUGGACUUGUCAGUGGAAACUAUGACAGAUGCAAAUGUUUUUGUUUCUCAAAUAUCAGCAAAAAAAAUCUAUCCUCAUUUUCUGACUGCAAUUCAAAAGUUUUCCUUCGAUUUUAAACACCCAAGCUCGUCAUAUACGAAUCUCCUAGUCUCCUUCAGAGCUGCUCGCAAGAUCCACGUGCUUUGCAAAUCGUUUUUUCAAAAGUAAUAAAAUGAGAUUUCCAUGUCAUUUGAAUUAAGAUAAAAUAAUCAAAUUAAUGACUCGUCAACACGGGGAGUUCAACGUUACCGCAUGUCUCGACUGUGAAUAACGCUAAUUGCAACAGAACUGGAAUAUAGAUGCGGCUACAUACACCAUGUACUACAUAUCCUGUGGAGAAAAUAAAAGCUAAAGGCUUAUAGGCUCCCGACGUCUUGUGAGCGCCUGUGAUUCUGAACGCCGAUGAUGGAGAUGUAAGCGCGAUUUUAGCAUCUCAAGAGUCGCCGGGGUCCCAAUACGGUUUCGUUUGUUAUUAUGAACAUAUUAAUGAAAGAACUGGUUAGCUUAUUGAAUGAUUCCGUCUGUGAGUUUUCAGUGAAGAAGAACAGCAGUGCGUUUACAGAUGCAACAGAACUCGGGAGAUACUCGUGUGAGUGAUAUCAAUUCUCAUAUUACGACGCUUUCAUCACGGAGUGGAAAAAAGAUUCUUAGUGGAGUAAAGUCCAUUACCGAUAUUUCUGUGUGACAUUUAACAAUAUUUUUUGACAUUGAAAAAAUUUUCCCAUGCAUCGGAUGGAAAUUUUGUAGCGUUUAAAAUAUGUUAUUAGGAAUUGUGGCUCUGAUGCUUGACUGUAGCCCAAAGGACUAAGAUCUGAAGAAAUGUAUUGAAGCGAGAAUGUAUCGUAAGAAUAAACUAUUAUUGACGUCACUGAGUGAAUGUUGUGCAACUUACUUGCCAAAUCAUAUAUUAUAUAUCAAUUUCUAAUUUAGCUGUUAACGUACAUGAUAGUAUUUUAGAAAGUAAGUAAAUUGCUAUCGAGGAAUAUAUUACUUGACUAUCAGAGUGUUAUUUAUAUUGUUUAUGUUGUGAUUGGCCAGCUAUAUUGUCUGUUGUUGAUGUUCAGAUAUAUGAUGUAUAAUUAAUAUAAUUUCUCAAUAAAUUAUUUAUUUUUAUAGGAGAAAUGUAGGUAGAAAAGUGACGAUUGCGGACAUUACUGCUUAGGCGGUAAGUGCAUUUAUAUAAAUUUGCCAGUUAGAGAGAGAAGUUCGCUCAACAAUAAGUUGACUCGAGCAUGCUUCCUUUAGAUAAAAAUAUUAGCGUCGAAUUAAAUGGAAUUGAAUGAUAUUUUUAUCAUUUCCAGUAGAGCGUGGAUGUUAUGACAAUUAUAUUAUGUUACCGCGAAACCCUAUUGUUGAGCCGUAAAUUGGAAGCUAUAACACGCAGCUACAUAGCUAAGCAUGAUUUCUCUACUGCAUGUAUUUUGGCCUCACCUUAAAACGUCUGCUAUGCAAGUCGUUUUCAUGGCUGUUUCCCAGCAAUGGUUCUUCACGUUUCAUGUUUGCUACACGUUCAACUGGCUACUGCCGUAGAGUGAAAUGUUAAAACCAGGAGAGGAAACAGCCGGGCAAAUACUUGAGGUGAGAAAUCCUGCUUCUAGUGCUGUUCGAUACAGCUUAUUUGUGGUCGCUUUUGCUCUGUGCGCAAAUUAUCGUAGUCGUGCUGAACUAUGUUAAUUUGUGACAAAAAUGUAAAAGAUUCCAGUAUUUGCAUAUUUGAUCAUUUAUGCCCGAGUUCCUGCAGUUCACUGAAAUGAUUCAUUAUAUCUAUAGCCUCAUUUUGAUGAGGCACUGACAAAGGCUUGUACUCAUGAGCCUCGCAACUAUUGCGCGCGGCUACAUUUUACUUUCAAUAAACAAAAGAAUCUAUUGAUUCCAGUAUUCAUAACAGCAUGAAUAUGACGACCUAAUAGACUGGAGAAUUUUAUGAAUUCGGCUCUAACCCACAAUUAAGUUCCAAGCGCUGGCCAUUUGAGUUGAUCAUGAGUUUUCGUGCCACAAACCACGCACCGUUCGUUGUACCGACUGUACUAUUACAGAAAAGUUAUUCAUCUAAUUAUCGCCUAACACAGUAUUCUCUGGUGAACAUAUUGUGGUCAAGGCAACGUGUAUUGUUUCACCUCGAAAUGGUGUUUACGGUGGGAACUUUCUUCAGCGUUUGGUUUUACCCAGACGGGUAAACGAGGAAGUGGGAAAGACGAGGGCGCUGCUGCUCCUGAGGCUGUUUCAAAAUUAACGCAUUGAAAUCGACAUCAAUUUUUGGCUCCGUAAAUCAGGAUCAGGGCAAUGCAUAGAAUUUUUCAAUAGAUAGAGAACCUCGUUAGAUACGAUAAGUCUCACAUGACACUCUUCAUAGGUGAAGUUUAGUGCUAAUCCAGUGGGUGUUGUGUGAUGUCUGAUCGUACGUUGGAGGAGCUUCAAAUGUAAUAAAUUUCCAAAAAAAAAUCAAGUUUGUGCUUGUUUAGCUUAUGGGUAAGCCAAACCUGAUCAUAUUCUAGUCAAAUAAACGUGAAUUCACUUACUUAAGCUUCUGAUGUUCGAUGGGUCAGCCAGCCCAGGACGCAGCAGCUGUCGAUGUGUCGAGUGAUAAGCUUUGUGAUUCGUGCAACGCUGUUGUUAUCACUAAGGAGCUCUCAUAGGGAGUGAAUGUUACUGUACGCUUGUCGUUCUGCUCUCUUCUUGUGUGUUGCAUACUUAUAGGUGGAUAUUAUGCAUAGCUAGUCAAUAUACCGACAAAUAUAAUACUUAUAGAACAAAUAUGUAUGUUCUUGUUGUUCAGUGUUGAAUAUAAAAAAUUUAUCACAAACUUUAUCCGGCCUGUUAAGUAAUGAAGUAAGUUAUUUGGAUAUGAUUUGCAACAGUAGCGCUAUUGUUAGUCACCAUUUGCGCAGUGGUAGCGGCAUCGAGUUGAGAGAAGCUAGUCGUGGGUUCGAGCCUCGCGAAGAUCAGUUCAUUUCUCGGUGUCACUGAUGUAGCCUCUUUUGGUCUCUGUCGAUGAGUAGUGCUUGCAGCAUAAACUUAGGUUGGCGUCCUCUGAAUCUCUGAAUGAACUAUGGGGACGUAUCACCUGGGGGAUGUUAAGGUCUUCAGUGCAUACUGAUAAUUUGUGUUAAUAAGUAUGUCAGCUUUUAUUUCAUCACUGGUGGUCUCCUCUAUACGUCGCAGAUGUCCUCACACUUCUCGCCAUUGUCAUCUAUGAGUUAUAUUUACAGGCUUGCUUAGUCUUGAGGUUCCGUUCAUUCAAACAGAUGACCAUCGUCAAUUUCAGUAUUUUCAAAUUAAUUAACCUCCAGAAAAUUUGUUACAACUGUUUCAAGUAAAGUAUAUUGAUAUUGAAGGCAAUCAUUAUUCGAAGACACAGCUGUUUUCUAUCAUUUCUCGGUCAAUAAUUUGCUUGAUAAGUUGACGACUUUUGUUCCACACCAUUUGAUCGUUCAAUGGUCUGGCCAUAUAGAAGUCACUGCGUAUAUCAGCAACAUGUGAAUGGUACCUGUGCAUUCCAGUAUGUACCUCCUUAUGCAUUCAAGUUCUUCUGCUGCGUGUACUGACCAAUGAUCGUCUUCAGCAGUACUGGCAAGACUUCUAUAACAACUCACAGCACAUCAUAGCACGCGCUGGAACACGCUGGUUAUAAAGAGUGCAACGAAAUACUUCGGUAGCGAUGACUCUCUAUAUCUCCUAAAAUACCCAGCCUGCCGUGUAUCUCCUUUCAAACUUUUAUCUUGACUGGAAAGCGAAAAAAAAAUCAUUUUCAGAUGGCGGUGUGCAUGCGUUGGAAUGAGCGAUGGACACAAGUGCUGCCUCGGUAACUGGGAUGUAUGCCAAGGAAGAUAGUGAUUAAAUUAUAAGCUAUCGUAAAUUUAGAUCAGGGAUAUAGGAAGAUUUUUGUACAUCGUGUUGCUAUUGAUAUGUAGAAGACUUGCACGCUUUCACCAGUACAUUGCACAUGUAUGUACGGGCCGAUGCUGUGCGUCUGCUGCUGCGAUUUCAGUAAAGGUAUUCUCCGUUAGACAGGCUUCUGCCUGCAGUGGUAAUUUUCUGUUGGUAGUGACAGUUAUCCGUUUGUAGUGACAGUCAUCUGUCAGUAGUGACAGUCAUGUGUCUGUAGUGACAGUCAUGUGUCUGUAGUGACAGUCAUGUGUCUGUAGUGACAGUCAUGUGUCUGUAGUGACAGUCAUUUGUCGGUAGUGACAAUCAUCUGUCUUUAGUGAUGUAGUGACAGUCAUUUAUCUGUAGUUACAUUGUGACUGUCAUCUGUCUGUAGUGACAUAAUGACAUUCAUCUGUCUGUGGUGAAAGGUGACUGUCAUUUGUCUGUAGUGACAGACACUGUCAUCUGUCUGUAAUUAUAUAGUGAAAUUCAUUUGUCUGUAGCAACGGUCAUACGUUUAUAGUGGCACUUAUCUGUCUGCAGUGGCAGGUUUCUGUCUAUAAAGGCAGUGUUCUGUCUGAUGAACCAGAAACGAAUGACACCUCGUGGCUUGAGCACCGUGCGGGCGCUGUGCGGAUCUUUACAGCGUUUCUGUUAGAUUUUUCUAACAAAUUAUUAGGUUGAAACAUUUGUUUUGAAAUAAAUCUCAAGAAGUAUUGAGUAAUCGUUAGUGCUGACAAAGAAUGAAACGCUGGGAACGAUAUCUCUACUGUAUAUGUUGGGGGAAAUAGGGUUUUGCACUAAUUAAUUUUUAGUUCUGAUCCUACUCAUUUUCAAAAUUCUACAAUACUUUAGAAAUGAAAACUCUUAAUUUAUUUGCGACGUGAUAAUAAGAUAUUACACUCAUGCAUGAAAAAAUUUGUGUCUCAAUUUGUGGCAUCCAAAAGUAUAUUCUAACGAGUCCCCUGCGACAGGAUUCGUCGACUUUUCGAACGAUAAGUUAAUAACGCUGCCUCUUCCAUUCAUAUCUUAUCAUGGUGUGUUAACACAAGUGCUGUCUUGUGCAAUGUGGUAUAAACGGACGAUGUUCAAACUGAGCUAACUUAUUCAUGUAGUGAGUGCUACAUAUGAAUCCACGCUUAUACCAGCUAUGCCGACUGGUUCUCCUAUUAAAUUGCACAGUCCUUUGUUAGACAGGGUGCUUCCGCUCCCUGAAUUGGUCUCGUUCAGUACACGUGAAUUGUCAACUCGGCAUCUCGGAGGUUGAUGGAUGGUAAUUGGUGGUACUCCGGUUAUUCAAGCCUUGGCAUCUGUAAUGCAGAGUAAAUCCAACCCCAGUCCAGCCACCAUCAGGAAUAAGCAAACAACAUCUGCUGGCCCAACCGAGGUCUGCGGGGUAAAUAUGUUCCACUGUCCUCCAGCAUGGCCCGGGACUGCUGCUUCCGAAACACUGCAAGGCUCAGCAUCUGAUGAUAAUAAUAGCGGUUUCAGCGUUUAUUAGGCCGUAGGCCUGUCGCC